CUAGUAAUCCUGGAGCUACAGCACCGUCAGGCAAUGUGCUCAGCAGCAUCGUCUCCGAACUCAACAAACCUGUCGUUGCCAUGGAGAGUUUUUUCAAUGGAGCAAGUCAAGACAUAGCGAAUCUUGGUGGCAUCAUGGGUAGCAAAAGUCAGCAAUUUGCAAAAAUCACUACAUCUACAUUGAAAAGUAUCGGAAGUUUCUUGGGCAAUGAAGCCGAAAAAGCUGUAUCUGAAGUUAAGAAGGCAUUGAGCACAGCUGGACAAAAAUUCACCGAUCUUGGUGCAGCCAUUACGGACGCAAUAGGUACUUCCGGUGGAUUUGUUAACGGUGUUACCAAAUUUGGAACGGCAACUAUUUCCAAACUUAAUAACCUCCCUGAUCUGAUUUCAACUGGCGCAACCUCCGCUCUGAGUGGUCUAAGGAAUGUCAUGUCGUCACUUCCGGAUGUCGGUACUCAAAUUGUUGGUGGAUUGUCUGACUUGGGGAAUAGUAUCGGAGGUCUGUUUUCUGGUAGACGUAGACGAUCUACCUCCCUUUUGAACAGAAUGAGGCGACAGGCAAGCGUAUGUCCGGUGUGUGAUCAAAUUGACAUCACCACCAAGACUGAGGCAGAAAUAUUCCAGUCAG